UAGCUUGCGAUAGCUGGAAUUGGCAAUUCGGAGGGAGUAAUCCUUGGGUAUUUCACGCUGUACUACGUCUCCUCUUCUGAACUUCAAACCUUGGUUUCCUCGUAUAUUUGAGGAGAGAACUUAUGUUAAAAUGGCAGCUGUCCAUGUUAUUGAAGAAGAUUCGCAAUUUCAGCCAAAAGUUGACAGUGCAAAUCAAAAACUUGUCGUUGUUGAUUUCAAUGCGUCAUGGUGUGGACCAUGCCGCACAAUAGCUCCUGUUUUUGCUCAAUUGGCUGGUAGUCAUCCCAAUGCACUUUUCCUAAAGGUUGACGUUGACGCAUGUACGGAGACUGCACAGAGGUACGGUGUGACGGCCAUGCCGACAUUCAUCUUCCUGAAAGGCGGGGCUAAGAUCGAUAUGCUGAAAGGAGCAGAUCCAGCGGCGCUGACGGCGAAGGUCAAACAACACUAUGUUGCUGGGGAUGAUGAUGAUGAAGGAUCAGGUGUUCCAGGAUACAUUGAGUUGAACAACAUGAUAGAUAAACAGGAUACAGAAUGCCUGAAUGAGAGUGAUGAUCAUCGCCUAGAUGGAUGCCUCAAGAAAGGAGAUAGCUUCUUAGAAUCAGACUGUGAUGAACAGCUCAUAAUUAAGAUGUCCUUUCAACAAAAUGUGAAACUCCAUUCCUUAAAACUUUUGGGGCCAAGCACCAAUGGUCCAAAGGUGGUCAAACUUUUCAUCAAUCAACCACAGACAUUAGACUUUGAUGCCGCAGAAAGGAUGGAACCUACACAAAAGAUUAUAUUAACACCAGAACAGCUUGCAGGUGAAAUAGUUCCGCUGAGAUUUGUCAAGUUUCAGAAUGUACAUGAUGUAACUGUUUUUGUAUUGGAUAACCAAGACGGGGAGGAUACAACCGUUAUAAAUUACCUUAGCUUCAUAGGUGUACGAGUUAACACUACCAACAUGAAUGAAUUCAAGAGAGUGGCAGGCAAGAAAGGAGAGAGUCACUGACGCAAGAGUUUGAUAUUAUCUUCUAAGAAGACCCCUUGUAGUCAUUACCCGCCUUAAACCUGGUUUAUUUAUAUUAGAGAUAACACGUCUGAAACUUUGGAGCCAGGACCUAGUUUCACAACACAGACCCAUCAUUGUCAAUGGCGGGCAACUGUUAUAAGCUAUGAUUUAUCAGAGAAUCCCAGCAGUUAUCCAUGUUGAUAACAAGUUUAAUGAAAUAGGGUCCUUUAUAUAUCUUAGGCAUGUGAUGUCAUAAUCUCAAAGCACCUCUCCCUCAAAGUCAAAGGCUAUAGGUAUACAGAGUUGUCAGUGAUGAGCCUGCUGCAAACAGGUACUGUCCACAGCCUCUUAGAUGGUGGCGCGAUGACAUCACUGCUGAAGGUCUGUAGGCAUUCACAUCAAAGAUGACGACAAAGGGAAUUUUCAUGCUGUCCCUGCCCUGGAUUUUAAGAUUCAAAAUGUAUUUUAUUUUCAAUCCAAGAGAUUGAAUUAUGACUAAGGUUUCAUUAUACGGUGUUUAUUUCGUGAUACUCAUACAAAAUUGUAAAACUACACUCUGGCUCUAGAACGAUGUGAAAUUACAUUACACAAACACCUAAGGAAAUAUGCAAAAAUACAACAACUCUUUGAUGCCCCAUGGAUGUAUCUGGAGUAAAUGAGUCAUUUAUUUGCAAUGUAAAUGCUAAACAUAUUAAAAGUGAAGUUAAAAUUUGAAUAUUACUUGUUAAAUUUAAUCCUAGAAUGAUGGAAUUGGAACUUUGUUUGAUGUCCAUGGGAACUUGUCAAAACAUGCUAAACCAAUAACUUUUCUUUUAAGUUCUUCCUAACUUUUAAUUAUUUUCAGGGACAAACUUUCAGGAAACUACUAUAGAAUUCAUUUUUUUAGAUGAAAAAUUAUCAUCUGAUCUACAUACUUUGUGCAUGAAAAUUAUGAAAUACAGACAUGUAUGAUUGUGAUGAAAUUUUCUGACAAUCAAAAGUUUGAUUUAACCAUAUAAAGGCUAGGGGGAGGGUGCCCUACAAUUCUUGUGAACAUUUUCGGGUACAUAGUUUGAAAGUUAGGCAUGAGAUUUUGUGCAGGUUUCCAUGUUCAAAACUUGUUUUGAAAAAAAAAUAUGGUUAUCAUAAAAUGGCCUAAGGAAUUAUGAAAGCAAAUAAUUAAAUUGGCAGGUAAUACAUUCCAUCUAACCUGAAAAAAAAUCCUUGUAAUUUUAUGAUGGAGACAUGUAUAGUAAGUAUAAUUUUGGCAGGUCGUUAUUCCAUUUAGUUCAAACUUCUCUAAAAGGGUAUGUCAAAAAUAAAAUUAUAAAUUUAUCUUUUUUUUUAAUUGUUCGAUUUUAAAUAUCUCUAUUAAUAUAAGAGAUUGUCAGUAGGUAUGAAUGUAUGUACACGGUGGCAGACAUACUGUUAUGGGCACUACAUGGGAGCUUCUUCCAUUGGAGCUUUUAAUUAAUUGUGUAAAUGUAAUAUUGUUGAUGAUACUGUAUGUGUACAUUAUUUGAAUAAAAAUGAAUUUCAAGCAAAUAAUAAUUCAAUUUUCCUGUCUUUUAUUUAAUUAUCAAAUAUAAAAUUCAUCAUUUUGUCUGAGUAUUUACCAAAUGCAUGCUUUAAAAUAAAUGGCAAUAAUGAGCCACUUUUCAUCAUUUUUAUGAUGGCAGCAUCAGGCCCAAAGAACAA